CACUACAACCGACGGAAAUGGCGGUGACGGCCAGGCGAGCAGCGUGAAGUGCUGAUGCAUUGCAUGGAUAAAAAAAAUAAAUUAAUCCCGACAGCCAGUACAUUUUUGGGACAAUUGACAAUGAUGUCGAAGUAGAGCAAAAUUGGUAGUUGUCAUUAUAAAGUCAUCCAACCCUCCCGGGGAAGUUUUCAUCUCGUCGGCGGAGGAGCGAAAAUCUCACCGAGAGCAUGGCUUCUUCCAGCACACAGUAUAUCUUUGGGGAGUUCAGCCCUGAUGAGAUCAACCAGUUUUUCGUGACGCCUCGAUUUUAUGUUGAGCUUCCUCCAUUCAAUGACAAGGUUCAGUGUGUUAAUCAGUCUUCAGGAAGUUACUGCACUCCUGCUGUGCCUUUUAUUAUGGAGUCUUUGGGACUGCAGGUUUGCGCGGAAGACUGUCAGCACAUUGAAUUUGGAGUUGAUGAGGUGAUUGAUUCCAAACCAGCUGAAGCAACAGAUCCUCUGUACAAGGUGUCGAGUAACCUCAACCCCCAGGCUCCAGAGUUCAUUCUGGGAUGCCAGACGUCUCUGAAGGCUCAGCAGCUGGCUCCUCCAGAAGCUGACGCCCCUGAUGGAAGACACUUUAAUUCGCUGGAUGGGCCUGAUUCUGAGGUGUCAGCCCUGGACAAUCACCAGUCCUGUCAGGACAUGGAUGGACUCCCUGGCAGCCUGGGACAGCGAGAGAGAAAGAAAAAGAAAAAGCGACCGCCCGGGUACUACAACUACCUGGACGCAUCAGCUGGUGGAGGCUCCAGCAGCGCUGUCACCUCGGAUGGUUCUCCUGUGACGGCACUGGUGAAUGGACAUGCACUUGGAGGCUCACACAACAGUUCUGAGGAUGUGGAUUGUAAGGCAUUGUCAGCAGAUGAACUUGUUACCCCUGGACCUGCUUCCACUGCAACAUCAACAGCGCCUGUCUUUGCUUCCACAUCCAUUGCCAAUCAGAGGACUUGUGAUAGACCUGGGGACUCUUCUUUAGACUUAAUGGGUGGGGCUGCCUCUUUAUCAGAUGGUAACAAUGCAACUUUCUCUUCUUCGUCGUCCUCCUCUCAAAGCAGAGAGAUGGUGGAUGCAUCAAGGACUGCAGACCAGCAGCUGGAGCAUUUGGCUCUACAAAGUGCUGAACUUUCAGAUCCCCCUCACAGCCCCCUCUCUAAAUCCCCUCUUCCUCCCUCAGCCGGUGUGACCACCCCCUCUGUCCGCACUUCCAAUUUGACUACUGAACUAGAGGAAUCACAGGCAGCAGAUACUGGAGUGGCCAAUGGACUAGAAGAAACCAAUACUCCUGUCAGUUCACAUGGACACAAAGAAGACUGUGACAGUGGCGAGCAGGAUCAGCCUCUUAGCCCAGACUCUCUGAUACAGCCUUUAGUAACAGAGCAGGCGAGCUCUCCUGCACUUCCUGCUGCACCAACUGCCAAUCUUCCCAAAUCUUGGGCUAGCCUGUUCCACAACUCAAAGCCUCUUCCUGGCAGCCCUCAGGCCUUUGUAGAGGUGAAAAAUGUUGUGGAAGUUGCAUCUCCCUCUCCUGCAGUGCCAGAGCAACCUGAAAAGGUUGGGGAGUUUAAGGAAGGUCCUGUCCCUGUAUCAGAAGAUCCAAUGGCCCCAAAACUGGCAGAAAUUAUUGAGAAUGUGAAGUUGAUACAUAAACCAGUGUCUUUGCAGCCGAGGGGUCUGAUCAACAAGGGAAACUGGUGCUAUAUCAACGCUACCCUUCAGGCCCUGAUUGCCUGCCCACCCAUGUAUCACCUGAUGAAGUCUCUUCCUCUGCAUAAUGAGAUGCAGAGAACAUGCACCUCCACACCCAUGAUAGAUAACUUCGUUAGGUUGGUGAAUGAGUUUAAUAACAUGCCUGUGCCAUCAAAAACCAAACAACAAACUGUUGGUGACAAAGUUGUAAAAGACAUUCGUCCUGGUGUACCUUUUGAGCCAACUUACAUUUACAGACUCCUCACUCUCAUUAAGUCGAGUCUCUCUGAGAAGGGCCGACAAGAGGAUGCAGAGGAGUAUCUUGGGUUUACCCUCAAUGGACUCCAUGAGGAGAUGCUGGCAUUGAAAAAGCUAAUCUCGCCUCAGGAAGAGACUCCCACACCCAAUGGCCCAGAGUCUCAGCCAGGUGGAGAGGAAGAUGGAGCUGAUAAGGAGGAAGAAGGGAGUGAAGACGAGUGGGAACAAGUGGGUCCCCGAAACAAGACUUCAGUGACUCGUCAGGCGGACUUUGUUCGCACUCCCAUCACUGAUAUUUUCGGUGGACACAUCAGAUCUGUGGUGUAUCAACAGAACUCUAAAGAGUCAGCCACUUUGCAGCCCUUUUUCACCCUGCAGCUUGACAUCCAGUCUGAGAAGAUCCGCACAGUUCAGGAGGCUUUGGAAACGUUGGUGGCCCGAGAAUCUGUUCAAGGCUACACCACCAAAACCAAGCAGGAGAUUGAGAUCAGUCGCAGGGUAACUCUAGAAGAGCUGCCACCUGUUCUUGUUCUUCACCUCAAGAGAUUUGUCUUUGAAAAGACUGGAGGCUGCCAGAAACUGACAAAGAACGUUGAUUACCCAGUUGACCUUGAAAUCAGCAAAGAUCUGUUGUCUUCUGGAGUGCGAAGCAAAGUUUUGAAAGGCCAAAGAACUUACAGGCUCUUUGCAGUUGUUUACCACCAUGGAAACAGCGCGACAGGCGGCCAUUACACCACUGAUGUCUUCCACAUUGGUCUUAACGGCUGGCUGCGCAUUGACGACCAGGCGGUCAAGGUCAUCAACCAGUACCAGGUGUUGAAACAGACAGCUGAACGUACCGCCUACCUGCUGUACUACCGCCGUGUGGACCUGCUGUAGAGACACCCUUUCACGUCCCUGUAAACAACUAUAGCUGAACACACACACACACACGCUCAAAAUGCACUUGCGACAAUAAAGUGCUUCUACAUACACGACAAAAACACACCAAACUAAUGAACAGGAACACUGCCCGACUUGUUCUCUUGCAAGAUUUUCCUCCUCUUCCCUGCUUUCCAGAGAACCAGCUUUUCCGAUGCCUUUUCCCCCCCCUUGUCACCUCUUUUAUUAGUUAAUUUCAGAAGAAGAGAAGCAAGCUGCAUCCACAAAGAUUUCCCUGUGUCUGCUCUCUUCUCUGUUCACCACUGCGUUUGGAUUUUUCUUUUUGUUUCCCUUUUAAACCAACAAGGAAAGACUGUCGAACAGACAGUUGGGUGGGGGGGUUAAAAGGUUGGAACCUGAGACUCUCCUUGAACUGAGCCCAAAGCUUGGCUCUGGCAAACGCUGAAUUUUCAUAGGAGGAACUGUCAAUCCAUACACUGCAAGUGGACUGAAGGGGACAAUCUCUUCAUAUUACCUUUUUUUUUUUUUAAAUGAAGCGACCUAAAAUAUCAGUGUUUGCCUUUUACUGAAGGAGAACUGUCGGCCUUGAAUUAGCAACAGUUUCAAAGCUUGCCGUUUGCCGUUGUGCUUUGAAAAGGCCCAGCACCAGCAGUAUCACCAGUCUCAUCCCCCCCAAAAUACCAGAUUGUGUUGUUCUGCCCCCACCACCACCUCCUUUCAUGUUCUCACUUUUAUGAUGCUUUUAAACCUAGGUACAACUUGAGCCAUAAAAAAGAAGAAAGGAAAAUGGGUGGAGACAGCUUCCUUGUUUUUGAAUGAUCAUUUUCAUGGGAUUUGGGUUUAGAUAAAGAGUAUUGUUGAAAAAUAAAAUCUAUUAUUGUGCUUUAGAAUUUAAUAACAAAUAAGCUUCUGUGCACAAGAAAAAGCUGAUGAAUACGAUUUGACAAAUGCAUAUUUUACACAUAUUUGGAUUUAGAUGUAUAAAAAGAGCUAAUAAAAAAAAAUAAUGUCAACUGAAAACGUUUUGGUUCGUAAGGACUGUCCAGAUUUUAAACACAGUUCCUGUUCUGGAGAAAAAAAGCAAAGUGAUCAAGAUAGAUUCCACUGCAAAUCUUACCCUGUUUACUUUUUUCUUUUCCUGUUGAUUUAUUAUUUUUUUUAUUCACUUGUCAGUUAUUCACUUGUGUGCUUGAGGAGUUAAGUGUACUGAACAACAACACCCCUUUCUUCUUUAGUGGGGGCUCCCUUCAGUUAAUUGCAUCUUUUUGCUCUUUCCAUUUUUCUUAUUGUUUAGAUGUACUUCUCUUUCCCCCUUUGGGGGAAGAAAAAUACUUGCAUUGGAAUUUGUUUUCAGAGAAACUGAGCGUUCUAAAGCACAAGGAAAAAAAUAAAAUUGAUAGUUCUUUGCUUGAUAUUUAUUUCCUUUUUUGUCUUUGUUUUCACUCCAAACCCAUUUCAUUCCAGCCACCAGUAUCACCAUCAUAGUCCAACACAUAAUGUGUUUCUGCACGAGUCUGAAAUCAAAUUUCUUUUUCUGUUUUAUGUGAACUUGGUUUUGGACACACAUGACUUUGGUUGGUAAAACUGUAUACAAGUAAAACAGGUUUGAUGUUUUUUGUACCUUUACUGCAGGGUAACACAGUUUCUGCCCCUUUAGAAAUAUGGUUGUUAAAAAUUAGUUGCCAACCCAUUUUUGUCAGAUAUACAUCCUAUUUAGGCUUGUAACAAAAUUUUAGAUAUCCAAACUGAGCAUUCAGUUUUAUUUUUCAUUGCUCAAUUAAGUCCAGUCUCUCAAAGUAUACCAAAGGACAGCAUUAUAUUGCCCCUUCUGCCUUUCAUCUAUUUCUUUUGCCUUGUCCCUUCGACAUCAUCCUGAAACAUUGCACACAGCGAUCCAUUUCACAUUGUUCAGUUGUACUUUUGGCUUUUUAUGUCCUAAAAACCAACACUGUUAUUUUGCAUAUUAACCAGUUUUUAUUCAAAGAAUGUUUCCCCCUUGGGGACUUUAAUUGGACACCUUGGGUUUUCUAUGGUACACUUGUAUCUCUGUCUUGUGGGCUGGUAUGGAAAUCUGCUGGAGAAACUCUUUAGUUUUUUUUUUUUUCUUAAUGUGUGCUUCAACCCCCUUGUCUGCCUGGAACUGUUGGGAUCCUCAUCCAGAAACACAAUCUGUUUAUUAAUUUGAAGCCUUCAGCUUUCUAUUUUGUUUAUUGUUCAAUAAAGGAUUGUGCAAAACAAAAAAGUUUGCUAAUCAACUGUAGUCUGAAACAUACCUGCUUUCUUAUGACAAACUCUUCUGCAGCUCUUGACCUUGGACUGGCCAACACAAUGUGUACAAUAAAACAAAUGUUCUAGAUUC